GUAAACUUCCGGUUGACAACGGCGUAAACUUGACAACGCUUGCAGGGAGAGUGACACAGAAUUUUUUUCUGAUUUCUGGUGUUUUUCUAAAGGAAGAAAGAUGUACAAAUUAGAUUUACCAGUAGAUUAUAAAGAAGCCGCGGCGAUUGAACGCCGUCGGAAAAUGGAAGAGGAGAGAAAAUCAAGAAUUUUCAACGCUAAAUGUAGAACCAUCGGGGUUGACAUGCAAGCACUUGAACAACAAGCUAAAGACAAGAAGCAACAUGAAGAUUUUGAAAAGAAAAGAGAAUUAGCAUUUGCACAUGAUGCUAUAAGGAAUGAUAAAAUUGCCCAGUUGUUAGAGAAACGCCAAGAAGCAGAUAUGAGAGAAUUAAACAGAGCAAUGAAUGAGUUCCGUAUGAUGCACCAGCAGCCAGAUAGCCGCAGGGAGUUUGAUUUGUAUGAUCCAGACUACCUCAAGAAAGACAAACCAGCCAGAGUUAGUGAUGACGAUCCAAGAUGUGGUGUUUCAAGUUUACAGAAAUUUGAAGGUGAAGAUCUAAAUAGCAAGGCCAGAAGGAAGUACCAACAGGAACAGCUCAGGGAGUGGUCCACAGAACAGAAGGACGAGCGGGAUCAAGCUGAGAAGAACCAGAAAACUGCAGACAGACUGUAUGAGUUGAAGAUGAGGGAACUAGAUCAGAGGGCAAUGGAACUAGCUAAAGCUGAGGAGGAUUGUAGGCGAGCCAUCAAUGUGGCUACAAAAGAUUACAACAAUGCCCUGGCAAGAGAAAGAGAUGAAAAGGAGAGAUUGAAGAAACAGCAGGAAUUAGAUGAUAACAUGACAGAGAUUGCUAAUCAUGUGUUUGGAGAUGUUCUUACAGAGAAUCCCGCAGUGGCACAGAGUGCAUUCGGGCCCCACAGGGUCAUCACUGACCGCUGGAAGGGGAUGACCCCAGCCCAGGUGGAGGACGUCAGGAGGAAACAAGAACUCCAGAGACAAGAGAAGGAGAGAGCAAAACAGGAAGAGGAUCUGAGACAAGCAGAAUGGGAGCGUCAACAAAAUGCUAACGCUCGAGCAGGCAUGCUCCUGGAGCGCGAGAUGGAGCGUAAGCGUCGGGAUUUAGAACGCCAACAGGCGGAGGAAAAUCGUCGUUUAGCCAAGGAACAGAAAGGACAUUUAGAGUUUCUGGAUAAGGAAGUUUACACAAACCCACCCACAGCCGCUUAUUUUAUGCAAUUUAACACCAGCACUCGAUAAAGCUUGCUUCAAAUGUAUAGGGGGAUCCGGGAGGGGUGUUGUUUUUUUUUUAGUUGUUGAGAAUGUGGAUUUGUUAUGAGAGAGAGAAAAAAGAUGUGUAUAUGCUUGUGUAAAAUCAUGAAGUUAAUGAAGUAUAGAGUACAAUAUUUAGUUUGAAAUCCUUCCAAACUUCUGAACCUUCAACUUCAGAAGAUGAUAAAUAAAUACACAGGUGAAAUAAUUUUAUUAGUACAUGUAUUUGUAAAAUAAUUGUUAAGUUUAUCUAAGAUAUAUGCCUUGUCUAUUUUUCAGUCAAAUAAUUUCUUCGAUAGGAAAACAAUAAUGACAGGUUUUAGUCAGUCCAUAAAUUUGUUUGUAAUGUAUCAUAAAAUUGUAGCAGUUGUGUUUUUUGUGUUUAAAUGGAUUGACAGAAAAGAAGAACUAUUAGCAAUUGCUUGAUCAUUUUGCCACAGAAAAUUCUUAUUGCUUUUAAAGUGCUGAUACUUAUUUAUAGUCAUAGAAUUUUGUACCAUUAUUAAGGAUACAGAAUUCACUUGAGGAAUUGUGGCCAAUGUCAAACAACUGUUUGAGAGAUUAUGUUUAAACUUGUUAAAUCUGUGAUACAUGUAUGUUCACCUAUAUAUAUCUACAUUAAAUAAAUUUUAAUCCUUUAAA